AUGGCGAACCAAGCAGCAGGAGAAGGCCUCUUCUCCAACAGCCUAGUCUCCGACGAAGUGAAGACCUCCUUUCCACCGGGGUACACGGUGCGAUCUCUGGAGCGCACGGACUUUGCAAAAGGGUUUCUAGACUGCUUGCGGGUCCUGACAUGGGUCGGCGACCUCACGGAGCAGGAGUUCUAUGAGCGUUACGAUGAGAUGAACACCCAGGGCAAGGGUACCUAUUACCUGCUGGUGAUUGAGUUCGAGGGCAAGAUUGUCGGCACGGGGAGUUUGAUUGUGGAGAAGAAGUUCAUCCACAACCGCGGCUUGUGCGGCCACAUUGAAGAAGUGUCUAUAGCGAAAGAGCAGCAAGGCAAGCACUUUGGGCAAAGGAUGCUCGCUGCGCUGGACUCUGUGGCCAAGAAUCUCGGCUGCUAUAAGACGAUCCUCGACUGCAGCGUCGACAAGGAGCCGUUCUAUGUCAAGUGCCAGUACCACAACUCCGGCACGGAGAUGUCCCAUUACUACGAGGAGUGGAAGGAGCCUUAUUAUCGUGGUUAA